CUGCCUUGUCACGGCAGGAACCAGAAACCCCGGCGAGCCACUUGGCGCAGUCGCAACUAGAAACUGCCACCACAACGAAGCCCCCCGAACGACCGAGCCACCGGUGCCCGACGCCCGCACCGAGCCGACCUCGCCGCCCGCACGCCCGCCCUAUAUACCACCACUCCCUCCUCCCACCGCCACCCCCGCUGCUUCCCGUGCUGCGCCCCUCUCCAUUCCCCAAUCUCGUGGCAGAGCAACCAGAGAGAGAGAGAGAGAGAGGCGGCGAUGGCGAGGCACUUCCUGCUCAACACCGGCGCUAAGAUCCCCUCGGUGGGGCUCGGCACCUGGCAGUCCGACCCCGGCGUCGUCGGCAACGCCGUCUACGCCGCCGUCAAGGCGGGGUACCGACACAUCGAUUGUGCCAGAGUUUACGGGAAUGAAAAGGAGAUUGGUUUGGCGCUGCAGAAGCUAUUAGAAGAGGGUGUAGUGAAGCGUGAAGAUCUGUUUAUCACCUCUAAGCUAUGGAAUGAUCAUCAUGCUCCAGAAGAAGUGUCUGAGGCACUAAAUCAAAGCUUGAACGACUUGCAGCUUGAGUAUUUGGAUCUUUAUCUUAUCCAUUGGCCAUUUAGAGUCAAGAAGGGAACGAACACCAGCCCUGAAAACUUUAUUUCACCUGACAUCCCAGCUACUUGGGGAGCAAUGGAAAAGUUAUAUGAUGCUGGCAAAGCUCGUGCGAUUGGUGUAAGUAACUUUUCAUCGAAGAAAUUGGGUGACUUGCUUGCUGUAGCUCGUGUACCUCCAGCUGUUGAUCAGGUGGAAUGUCAUCCUGGUUGGCAGCAAACUAAGCUUCAUAGCUUUUGUCAGUCAACUGGUGUUCAUCUCACUGCUUACUCGCCACUAGGUUCACCUGGCACAACUUGGAUGAACAGUAAUGUCCUUAAAGAACCGGUCAUCGUCUCAAUAGCAGAGAAACUUGGGAAAACUCCUGCACAAGUGGCCCUGCGCUGGAACAUUCAGAUGGGUCACAGCGUGCUACCAAAGAGUGUGAGUGAAGAAAGGAUAAAACAAAACCUUGAUGUUUAUGAUUGGUCUAUUCCAGACGACUUGCUCGCAAAAUUCUCUGAGAUUAAACAGGUUAGGCUGCUCAGAGGCAACUUCAUUGUUAAUCCACAGAGCGUUUACAAGACCCAUGAGGAGCUCUGGGACGGUGAAAUUUAGGAAUGAUAUCAGGGUUGAUCCUGAGCGGGGAGCAGCAUAGAUUAGUGCCCAUCACUUCUUUUGUAUCUCUAAAUUUGCUCUUAAGAAUGCAUGAACUACUUUGUCGUUGAAAGCUCUGAGUUGGAUCCUGAAUCACGAGCUACUUUGUCAGCGGUUUCAUCACUUCAUGUCCCGAAAGGAAUGUUGUGUAGUUUACUAGUGUCACUUUGGAUCUUGAUUUCCUGCUUACUGUUACUUAAGCAGUUAAGCCUUUGGCGUCAUUUAUCACGUGCUGCUAGUUUGUAUCUGCCCCAGGAAAUUGGCAAAUUUUAUCUUGUUAUACUUUCUUAUUUUCUACCUA